AUGGACGCGAUACCAACGAAGGAAGCGAUCCAGGACGCAUUCCACGGGACCUCGACCCGGCGUACGUACUCAACGUAUCAGCGUCAAUUCCUCGAAUACUUCCAGCGUGCGAACAGUGGAAAGGACCCAUGUGCCGCUACGACGGGAGACUGUACAGACUUCCUGCACCAUCUGUAUUCCUUAGGACGGAAAGCCCGUACAAUUGACUGUGCAAAGACAGCAAUGGUGGCGUUCUUCAAGGAACGGCGUGUCGAACCGAACCCCGCACAAGCAACAGCGACUAAGCGCUACGUUGUAGGCCUGCAGAAAUUCAACAGACAGAACAAUGUGGAUGACGAGAAGAAGGCGCAUCCGCUCUCGGCUCACGAGCUGUCGCUCCUCAUGAACUCGUUUGGCGACCUGAAUCCAUUUGUCGGAACUAUGUUUCGCUUUUUGUUCUCCAUGUGCUAUCUGGGAUGCUUUCGUAUCAGCGAGGUCCUUGCACUGCGCUGGUUCGACUUGGCACGAGCUCAGUCGGAGACUGGCGUCCAUGUGUCAGUGCGUUUACGGUGGCACAAGAAGGCCAGCGUUGAACAGGACUGUCAAAUCUACAAUCUUGUCGACGAGGUGACGUACCCAUGCCUUCGUGUGUGUGGCUUCUAUGACGACUACCUUUCCAUGGUGAAAGCAACGAUGAUGAAUGUGGCUGACAACGCUGUGGUCUUUCCUCAAGUAACACAUCAACACAAUGGUACGAUCAAGGUUUCGUGGGACAAGGCCAUGGAACAGAACUACUUGCGGCGCUGUCUGAAUGAUGCCGUUGAACGAUGUCCGCAGUUGUCGACCAACGUCUCGUUGCACAGCAUGCGUCGAGGCGGGAGUUUCUACCGUGUCUUUGAGUCCCAAGACAAGCGAUUCAAUUUCCGCGAAUUAAUGGCAUGGUGCCGUUGGGGUGACGCGAAGACUUGCUGUGAAUACCUUGUGACGAAGAACCUCAGUGACGAGGUUGACCCACGAAACCUGCUUUUGAAUUCCAUGCGAGCUCGAACGACACUGGUGCCGGCCCACCCUCAGGUGCCAUCGGCCGACGCAAUUGCUGAAGCAGUGAUGAAAAUGCUCCAAGAUCAGAAGCCUGCACAGCCCAGCAAGACAACAUCGGCGACAAAGCAGACAACAUUGGACGUUUUCGUCGUGCCAAAGACCAUCCCAUCAGCCCGGUCAGCGCAUGAAGCGUGGUGUCAGUGGUUUUACGCCGAUGUCCCGGCAGGCCGACCAUGUGCUCUGAAGGAUUUCACAAAGGAGAUGAUCAAGGCGGACCGCAAGAAGUACUCGGAACGAGUGACACUCUCGCUUGCUUUUAAGAAGUUCCAGACCUACGAGCUGUUUGAAAGCGCAUAUGCAGGGCACACAGAGACGUACAGUAGUGUUCUUAAGGAAGCUCGCCAGAGGAAGAGAGAAAAUAAGUUGUAA